GACAUAGUAUCAGACUAUGACUAAUUGCAAACAAGAUGGCAUCUAAUGCUGUUGAAAGAAAAAUCGUGCAUACUUCUAAAAAAUCUAAUCGUGAAUAUUCAUGCAAAUACCUGGCAAGAACGUCAUGGUCGCAAUUUCAAGAACUAGACCAUUCACUUUCCAGAUUAAUGAGUCUCUAUAAUGGUUACUUUGGAACAAAGUCUUUUAAAAUAUUACGAGCACUACUUAAAUUUUUGGAAUGGACUGGUCAUGGCGUUCCUUGGUUAGUUUUUGUUUCAUAUCAGAUUUUUGCUUCAAGUGAUGAAUUUUAUUUCACUUUAAUGUUGUCACUGAUUCUGGACUUAAUUGUAAUUGCAGUGCUGAAGCUAGUUUUCCAAAGACCUCGCCCAAUAUACAAUGAGAACGAUAUGCCUUUGAGUGCCUCUAAGGUGGACGACUUCUCCUUCCCAUCUGGUCACACAACUAGAGCAUUCAUGGUUAUGUUCCUGUAUGUGAUGCAUAGAAUUUCAAACAUUGAAAGAAUCUUUUGGAUUUCUUGGGCAGUACUUCUUGGCUUGUCCAGAGUUGUGUUAGGAAGACACCAUCUUAGUGAUGUAGUAGCUGGUGUUUUUAUUGGAUUGGCUGAUGGUGUUAUGGUAACAGAGUUUGUGAUGUGGUAUAAUAGACAACAUUUUUAAUUUGAUUGAUUUAGUAGCAGAAAUUUGAAAUUUAUAAAAACUAGACAGAAGUUUUAUUAUCAGUGUUUAAUCACUUGUUGGCAAAAAUUUUAAGUUUCUCUUUUAUUGUAAAAACUGAAAGAAAGCUAUAUGCAUGAGAAAACAUUA